AUUGAGGCUUCCCAGAAACAACCCAGAGCUUGAACUGACACCCCUCUGUUGGUCAAUCAAAGCGUGAUCUUCCUCUAACUGUGAACAGGAACAAUUACCUCGGAUGACAGAGCUCACGCCUCUGAGCGUGUGACUGGAGCGUCGAGGUGAGAGCGCUCCUUCUUCGUGCUCAAAAUGGCGGAUGCCAAGGAGUGUGUCGAUGGGAUUAAGGCAUAUGACAAUACUGGUUUGGAGCUGGUCCCACUUUCCUGCUCGCAGGAUGCGGUGCACCAGAACCAGCCCCCACCAUACAUGCCACCACCCUACCCAAUGACUCCAUACCCUCCCCCGAUGCCCCCAGAGCCUGGAUUCAUCAUGGACCCACCCCCCCAAUACUGGCCCAAACCUGAAGAGCAAAACCCACCAGCGGAGACUGAAGUGACCAGCAUGCCGUCAGAAAGAAUUAUGAUUGUACCGACCGCAUUCGAUGACAAAACCACCCGCAGAGCUUUCAUUCGGAAGGUCUUCUGCGUGGUGACCCUCCAACUGCUGGUCACCUUCAGCAUAGUGUGCGUGUUCACCUUCUCCCAAACAGUCCAGGGUUGGGUGCGCAAUAACCUCUGGGUGUACCUGAGCUCCUACAUCGUGUUUGCGGUGGUGUCUGUCUGCCUGGCCCUCUGCAGUUCCUUCAGCAGGAGCCACCCCUGGAAUAUGUUGGGGCUGGCGGUCAUCACUCUGAGCCUGUCUUACAUGGUCGGUACUGUGGCCUCCUACCACAACACAUCAGCUGUGAUUAUUGCCAUGGGAUCCACACUAGUCAUCUCCUUCAGCAUCGUCAUCUUCUCAGCCCAGACUCGCGUGGACUUCACUCUGUGCAACGGAGUGAUGCUGGUGCUGGCGAUGACUCUGCUGAUGUUCGGCUUCUUCUCCAUCUUCUUCUACUCCUCGGCCCUGCAGAUCGUCUACGGCACUCUGGGAGCUCUCUUGUACUCCUUGUUCCUGGCUGUGGACUGCCAGCUGGUCAUGGGCAGAGAGAAAUACGGCCUAAGCCCGGAGGAGUACAUCUUCGCUGCUCUCAUCCUCUAUCUGGACAUCAUCACCAUCUUCCUCUACCUGCUCAUUCUGUUUGGAGGCAGCUCUAACAACUAGGCAUGCGUGCAGAUCAUGCACGCAGACCACGCACGCAGACCACACACACACACAAACCACGCACGCGCACACACACACACACGCAGACCACGCACGCACGCAGACCACGCACACAGACCACGCAC